AUGUCUGCAUCUGAGAGCCCCGCGCAGGUGCCCGACGGCCAGCCGAACCCCGUCAUUGUUGGGUCCGGAUUAAAAGCCCUCAAGAGCGAAGCCUAUACUGAUGCAACCAAUGCCACACCUGUGGCAACCAAUGAGGCCCCUUCAUACUUUGACAACCUACCGGGAGUAAAACCAUCUCAUAUCGCCCAAGGGGAAAGAAAGUCAUCUGGCAUAGAAUUGCUACGUCGCUUGAGCCUGACCUCGGAUUCUCCCAUGUCUCCCGAGACCGACCCCCGCGCACGACACUCAGGACUUAAGCUAAGCGGUCGUCUCAUCAGCGUCGCUUUCUGUAUACCAUACAAGCUCAACUUCCAAUCAGGAUCAGACUGGACCCUCAAAUCACGCUCCGGAACUUCAGCCCUGUUCGAUUCAUUCGCGCAUCUUGCAUCAGAUGAAACUUCCUGGUCACACACAUUGGUAGGCUGGACAGGAGAAGUCGAGCCUGACGUGGACCUGAAAUCACCCUUACAGCAAACACACCCUGACGCUACCGGCAAAGCACCUCAGGCUUCUAAUCUUGUUGCGAGCCAGCCGCUAAAUAAGGCCGCUGCGCCAGUUCCCGUGGACGCUACCGCCAAAAUGCCCGCUCAUCCAUUGGUGGAAGGAAUCAGUGUCACCAAGAGAGACCGAGAACGGCUUGAUGAACAGCUGAAUGAAGGUCGUCAUGGUCGGGUGCUCCCUGUUUGGCUGUCAGACGCAUCGGAGGAACCGGAAGAUACUAUUACUCUGAAGGAUCAAGGAAGAUGGCGUCGCUAUGCCGAGCGUGAGCUCUACCCCCUGCUCCACUACAAGCAGCAUGGCCCCACAGAUGGCCGAUCCGAACGGCGGUGGUGGGCCGAUUAUGUCCGCUUGAACCAACUGUUUGCGGAUCGCAUCGUACAGGAAUACCAAGAAGGAGACGUGGUCUGGGUUCACGAUUACCACUUGUUCCUUCUGCCAAGUCUGCUGCGUCAACGUAUCCCCAAUAUAUACGUGGGUUUCUUCUUACAUUCACCCUUCCCGAGCAGCGAAUUUGUACGAUGCCUCGCAAAGCGCAAGGAAAUCUUGGAAGGUGUUCUCGGCGCCAAUAUGAUUGGAUUCCAGACCUUUUCUUACUCGCGACACUUCACCUCAUGCUGUACGCGCGUCUUGGGCUUUGAGUCCAACGCUGCCGGGGUGGAUGCUUAUGGCGCCCAUGUUGCAGUGGAUGUCUUCCCCAUUGGCAUUGAUGCACAAUCGAUACAAAAGGCCGCCUUUGGGGCCCCCGAUAUUGAGGAAACGGUAUUGAACAUUCGCAAACUCUAUGCAGGGAAAAAAAUCAUUGUUGGCCGCGACCGGCUGGACAGCGUGCGCGGCGUCGCGCAAAAGCUGCAGGCAUUUGAAAUAUUCCUUGAGCGCUACCCGGAGUGGCGUGACAAAGUCGUCCUUAUCCAAGUGACAAGUCCAACCAGCGUGGAAGAAGAAAAAGAAGAUGAUGCCAAAAUUGCCGGCCAAAUCUCGAACUUGGUCUCGACCAUCAACGGAAGGUUUGGCUCUUUGAGUUUCUCGCCGGUCCAGUACUAUCCACAAUACUUGUCCCCGCGCGAGUACUUUGCUCUCUUGCGGGUAGCAGACGUCGGAUUGAUCACCACCGUGCGCGACGGCAUGAACACCACCAGUCUGGAAUAUAUUGUCUGCCAGCAGAACAACCACAGCCCCUUGAUCCUCUCUGAAUUCUCCGGUACAGCGGGUACCCUGCCCAGCGCCAUUCACAUCAACCCCUGGGAUCUGUUUGGCGUUGCUGCUGCGAUUAAUCAAGCCCUGAACAUGCCGGCGGAGCAGCGAAAGGAGCAACAUCUGAGGCUAUACAAGCAUGUGGUCACCAAUACAAUUUCAAUGUGGUCCAGGCAGUAUCUCAAUCGCUUACUGACCAACCUUUCCUCCUUUGACCAGUCGGUCGCCACACCUGCACUUGAUCGCGCGAAAUUAGUGAAACAGUAUCGCAAGGCCCGUCGACGACUGUUCAUGUUCGACUAUGACGGCACAUUGACACCGAUUGUCAAGGAUCCUCAGGCGGCCAUUCCCUCUGAUCGGGUCCUCCGCACCCUGAAGAGCUUGUCAGCCGACCCACGAAACGCAGUGUGGAUCAUCAGUGGACGCGACCAGGUUUUCCUGGACGAAUGGAUGGGUCAUAUCCCAGAACUCGGAUUGAGUGCUGAGCACGGCUGUUUCAUUCGGAAACCUGGAUCGGAAGACUGGGAGAACUUGGCCGAGAAAAGUGACAUGGGAUGGCAGAAGGAAGUCGUCGAAGUUUUCCAACACUUCACGGAGCGAACACAGGGUUCAUUCAUAGAACGGAAACGGGUGGCAUUGACCUGGCACUAUCGACGUGCAGAUCCAGAGUACGGUGCAUUCCAGGCUCGCGAAUGCCGCAAGGCUUUGGAGGAUACCGUUGCCAAACGGUGGGAUGUGGAAGUCAUGGCAGGAAAGGCCAAUCUGGAGGUUCGGCCCACCUUUGUAAACAAGGGUGCCAUUGCCACUCGGUUGGUCAAUGAGUAUGGUACGGCCCCAGGGAGCGCCCCUGACUUUAUUCUUUGUUUGGGCGAUGAUUUCACCGAUGAAGAUAUGUUCCGUGCUCUUCAAAAGUUUGACCUACCACGCGACCAUGUUUACUCGGUCACGGUAGGCGCCAGUUCUAAGCAAACCGAUGCCAGCUGGCAUUUGUUAGAACCGGCCGAUGUUAUUGGAUCAAUUCAGAUGUUAAUCAAUGCCAACCAAGAUCACUGA